AGCGACGAUAGCUCGUACACUGAAAUGACAACAAGUGAUUGAUAUUAUUGACGACGGUAGAAUGUGAGUUACGAGAGGGAAGAUAUUUCGGCGCGAACGGGAGCGCACUUUGUUGGUUAUGUGAGCUACGAAACGCGUCGUCAUUAGCCGUUUCUCUCAAAUACUGGCCAGGAUGGGCCAGGGUACGGACACCUGCACUGACAGGCCUACCGAAGUCAGCGUCAUUAGAUUUGUAUCGAGGAAUCGCACCAUUGAGGAAAUCGCCCCAAAAAAGGAAAUAUAUACAUGCAAACAACGCGGUUGUGGCAAAAUAUUCACCAAUCAAGAUGAAUACAAAACACACGAAGCUCUUGAAGCUUUAAAAAUUAGGUUUAUCUGUCGGGAACCCGGAUGCGGAGAAGAAUUGUCUGAUCCUGGAAGCAUGUGGCGUCAUUACCAAGAAUGGCAUAAUAAUGAAACAAAUGUAUUUAUAUGUCCCUAUACAAAUUGCGGGUCUUUACAUACAACCAGUAGUAAUUUAGAAGAACAUAUCGAAAGCUGUCACAGACAACCACCAACACUGCCAACCGAACCAGAAGUAAUAUGUUUCGAAGACCUUGAAAGUGCAAUGGAUGAAGAAAUUGUACAAAGCACCGACGAUUGCUACGAGAAAAGGACGAAUGAAAUUUUUGCAAUAAAAGGACAUCAGUACGAUGAUAAUAAUAAGCAAGGUAUUCUUAGAAAUGACAUUAUGCAACAACAAGAAAAAGAGGUUUCACAUGAUCGGAAUACUCCAAAUGAUAACUCAAUUAAGGAAGAUUAUUCUUCUACUAGCGAAUCCUUAAAAGAAACUGGUGGAUUUCCUAUAACUGAAAAUCUAAUCCUAAGUACAGAGAAUUUUCUAUCCAAGUAUGAAGGCAAUACGAACAAAUGUUCAGAACUGCAAAUAGAACAUUCCCAAGAAAAAAGUAACGUAGUUUACGUGAACGGUGAUAUUACCAUUACAAAGAAUUCAAAGAAUGAGAUGUGUAAUAUGAAUUCGAGAAAUCAAGAACAUAGAAUAGAAUUGGAUAAUCUUGAGAGAAUCUUCAGAAGCGAUCAUGAUCGUGAUACUUCGAAAAGCGAAGAGAAUACUGUGGAAACAAACAGUAAUUGUUCGGACGACGAAGAAUAUACUCCAAAGAAGCAACGUAUGUCUAGAUACAAGCAAGAAAUCUACAAGUGUGCCACUAAUGGCUGCGGGAGAAAAUAUAAAUACAUAUCCCAUUAUCGUCAUCAUCAAGACAGUCACAAAUUAGUAGCCAAUACAAUUAGUUCAAAUUCUAAUAAAUCGAUAGUAAAACUAAAACAAGGGAAAGCUACGACGGUCAGUUUUUUCUUGUGUAAAAUUCCUGGCUGUGGAGCACAAGUGAGCAAUGUAACUGGUCUAUGGAAACAUUACCAGGACAAUCAUGCUAAUUCAAAACUGCCAGUAGUACAAGGAACUAAGAAUAAUGAAGUAUUUCGAUGCAAAAUUCCAGGAUGCGAAACAGAGUUCAAUACGACAGUAAUGCUAUAUAAACACUUCAGUGAAGUGCACUCAAAUGGUUCUGGCAAUAAUGCUAGCACAAAUACAAAGACUGGAAAUGGGAGUAGUUUUCAUUAUACUGAAAUAUUCAAAGAUGAUACUACUAGCCCGCAAACAAACUUCAAGACUGACUUUAAGGCAAAACAUAAUAUUAAUGUAAAUGAUUGUACGAAAAAUACCGACGAACAAAGAUUAUCGUCAAUAGUUAAAACGGAAACUCGAGAUUGAUUCGAGAUAAACUAGUGUCUUUAAUCGCGAUAAAUAAUUGUAGCAGUAUAAAGUAGAGUAUUUUACCAGGGCCAUAUGUAUUUGACUUACGAAACGAAUUAUUGUUCCUUCCUCUUUACGAGCUAUUCUAUUCCUCUUUUAUUAUACUUUAUCUCUUUGACUAGUCACUCUUUAUUACGCUUGUAUUAUUAUUUUGAAUGCUACGGCCCUUGUUAAAUACUCGCGUUUUUAUGAUUCUAACUCUGAAUAAUAGAAGCAUGAGACUGGAGAUCAAACUUGAGAACUAUCUAAGUUGUUUUUCUAUGACUUCUAAUUAUCCAAAGAAAUAAUAACAUUAUAUAAUAAAAGUUUCCUAAUUUAAC